AUGAGUAGGCAUGAGGCUGAUUCCACGAAAGAUGACAUCACUGGUACCUUUUCUAUUAACUAUAUUCCUGUUAAAGUCUUGUUUGAUUCUGGUGCAACUUUUUCUUUCAUUUCAAAGGCCAUUGUUUCAAAAUUAUCAAACCGUUUGAAAACCGUAGAUGAGGUAGAUUUGUCUAUAGUUAUUCCUACGGGUGGGGUAGUAAAGUGUAACAAGACCUUUAAAGAUGUACCUUUAGAAAUCGAAGGAAAAGUGUUUUUGUCAGAUCUCAUUGAGUUUGGGUUGAGUGACUUUGAUGUCAUUUUGGGAAUGGAUUGGUUGAGCAAGUACAGUGCAGAGAUUAGUUGUAGAUCACAGAAAGUAAAAAUGAGUACAGCUGAUAAUGAGUGGGUGACAUAUUGA